UGACGGUAUAUAUACUUUUUUCUAUAAAGAUCGUUAAGUAGCAAUUCAUCUAAAAACAUAUUUGGCUUGAAACUAAACAAUUUAUCAUAUGAACGUCUGAAAUGGUACUUUUACAAUACGAAACUUUAACAUGAUAAUUUUGAUUCAUCAAUAACUUAUUAUAGGUUUCGGUUUUUCUAUAAACAACAAAAAUUGGUCGAAAGAUUGUAUGCGAAUAAAUAGUUUCCAUAUGGUAUAAAAAGCUGAGAGCAUUGGAAGGUAUUUUUCUAACUUGGAUGAACGGAUAAUUAUGUGUUAUACAUCAAAUGUGAUUCUGGUUUUUCUUGCAGUUAGUCACUGUUUAUCAGAAGUGCUUACUUUGGAAAAUUAUGCUUCAUUCGAGAUAGAAAAUGUAUCAUAUAUGCCUCCAACAGGCGAGACAAUGGUUCUCAAAAAUGAACAGACAUUGAUAUCCUGCAUUUUUCAUUGUCAGGAACUUGCACUGCCGUCGUUUUACUUCAGUGAAAGAAAUUCAUCAUGUUUUUGUAGCUCUGCUGAUGAUUAUGUCACAGACAAAAAUGGGGACGGCGGCGGAAUAAUCCAUGGACUACGAACUGUAAAUGUGACAAUGUCAUAUAUUCAAGAAGACGGUCAAAAGGUAAAACGAAUACAUAAACAACCAGAACCAAUUGACUGCCUUGCCCUUUAUCAACAAGGAUAUACGGAAGACGGGUUGUAUGUGAUCAAGCCAGCUGUAGGUUCUACUUCCACUGAUGUGUGGUGUGAUAUGACCAAUGGUGGUUGGACGGUUAUACAACGCCGGCAAGACGGAUCUGAAUAUUUCUAUAGAAAUUGGGAGGAAUACAAACAUGGAUUCGGAAACAGAGGCGGUGAAUAUUGGCUAGGGCUAGAAAAUAUUUACUAUUUGACUAGUGACAGUAGCUCACUACAUGUAUACCUUGAGGCAUUUAAGAAUUACAAUGUUGAUCCAGUGUCUGCUUUUGCUGAAUACUCGACCUUCAGAAUUAAUGACGAAAAUGAUAAAUACAGAUUGAGAGUUGAAGGGUAUAACGGCUCGUGUGGUGACUCAAUGUCGAAUCAGAACGAUUGCCAGUUUACAACUAUAGACAGUGAUAAUGACAUCUUUGACACAAACUGUGCAGUAGUUUUUAGUGGAGCUUGGUGGCACAAAGCUUGCCAUCUGUCGAAUCUAAAUGGACUAUACCUAGACGGAGCGGAUACCGACUACGGUCGAGGCAUUAAUUGGUACACGUGUUGGGGAUAUUAUUACUCUCUUAUGAAAACUGUUAUGAAGAUCAGAAGAAACAAUUGAAACCAAUCAUUUCAUUUGAACGAUUCACUUCUAUAACGUGUUGUAAGAAAAACGGAUAAAAAAGAAGUAUUCCUAUUAUAUUUCAGUUAUUAAAUAGUCUUUUAUGGUUUAAUUUUAGAAACAGAAUGCUUUACAUGCAGUUAUGAAAUCCUCGCGAAAAUACAUGAUUUUUUCUUCGUUUUAAAAUAAAUUAAGUAUUUCACAUAAUGCAUCCCUAAAUUAAAGAUACAAAUGUAUAAAAGAGAAACCGCAUUACUUAAGU